AUGAACACGGCUUUAUUUCCCGAGGACGUCCGCGCGCCGCUGCGCGAGUGCUGCGAGAAGGCGUGGAACGUGCCCCUGGCGACGAUCCUGCCGAACAUCGAGGGCAAGAAGCGCGGUUUAGGCCGCCGGUACCAGGAGGUCUUCGAAACCCUGGAGCCGGAGGCCAUGGCCGCGGCGUCCAUCGCGCAGGUCCACCGCGCGACGCUCCGGCGGCCGCGCGGCCAGCAAGUGUUGGUGAAGGUGCAGCACGUCGGCGUGCGCGACGCGCUGCGCGCCGACGUCGCCAUCCUGCCCUACCUCAUCCAGUUCGUCGACAACCUCGACCCGAACCACGGCCUGCGGCCCCUCAUGUACAUGAUCUCGUCCAUGCUCGAGCAGGAGGUCGACUUCCGCAUCGAGGGCGCGAACCGCGAGCGGCUCGCGGCCAUCGUCGAGCGCAGCGGCAAGAGCGAGCGGAGCCGCUACUCGACGCUCUACUUCCCCUUGGUCAUGUGGGACUACUGCGUCGAGUCCAUGAUGGUCCAGGAGUUCAUGGAGGGCGCCGUGAGUUUAGGGGACCGCGACGUCGUCGAGAAGCUCGGCGUGCCUUUCACCACAGCGUUGGCGGAGCUCGCGUCCUUCUUCGCCGAGUGCUGCUUCGUCCACGGCUACAUGCACAACGAUUUGCAUUUCGGCAACGUCCUCGCCAUCGCCGAGACCGCCGACGUGCGCUUCGAGCUCAUCAUCAUCGACCACGGCUUCCACACGCACGUGACCUACGAGUACCGCCUCGCGUGGUGCAAGGUCUGGGCGGGCAUCGGCCUCUGCGACGAGGAGCUGCUGAAAGAGGGCUGCGCGGACUUUGGCCUCGAG